AUGCUUCUGGUAUUUCUCACGCUAGGUGUCCGGUCAAGGAGUGAGUCGUUCGACUACACAUACAUAAUUGCCGGCGCCGGCACCUGUGGACUCGUGCUAGCAAACCGGCUUUCUGAGGACCCGAACGUCAGCGUUGCAAUCAUUGAGCCAGGCGGUGACGUCCGCGACAACCCCAAUGUUACGGACAUUGGCACGUUUGCGUUUACUCGUAAUUUUGGAACCGAGAUCGACUGGGAGUACGCUACGACGGUGCAGCUAGGAGCCAACAACAGGUCCAUCCCCUUUCAUGCUGGGAAGGCGAUUGGCGGGACGAGCACAAUCAAUGGUAUGACUUAUAUCCGAGGUGACAAGGCAGAGUUCGACGCCUGGGAGUCUCUCGGAAACGCGGGCUGGAAUUGGGAUGCGUUGUAUCCCUACUUGAAACAGGUCGAACUGUUCUCGCCGCCUACAGCCGCCCAAAGGGCAGCCGGUGCUACUUUCAUCCCCGAAUAUCACGGAGAGGUUGGAGCGGUUAAAACGGGAUUUCCGUUGCAGCUUGACAAUGGAUCUUUCCACGAGCUGGCUCGGCAGGCUUGGGAGAACAUAGGCUAUCCUUUGAAUAAGGACGUGAACGGCGGAGACACGCGUGGAUUCGGCAUCUGGCCGCAGACUCUCGAUAGAGACGCGAGUGUUCGGGAAGACGCCGCUCGAGCAUAUUACUACCCGGUUGAGCAGAGACAAAAUCUCAAGAUUAUUAAGGGAACCGCGAUUAGGUUGAUAUGGAGGGACUCGUUGGCCGACUCUGGUGCUCUCUCAGCUGCCGGGAUCGAAUACCGGACCCCCGAUGGGCAAACGGCCACCGUCACCGCGGCAAAGGAAGUCUUGCUCUCGGCUGGGUCUCUGAGAAGCCCACUGAUACUCGAAUAUUCUGGAAUCGGGAAUCCGAGAAUCCUCCAUAAGUACGGCAUAGAAACCAAGAUAGAUCUUCCUGGCGUAGGGGAACACUUACAAGACCAGCCAAACACAUCCAUCCAGUAUUCAUCCAAGAGCAACGUGACAGGCCUCGCGCCGUACGCAAGUUUUGUUACCGCCCGUGACGUAUUCGGAGACCAAACAUCUACGGUGGCAGCGAAAACAAAGGCUAAUCUAUCCGAAUGGGCACGUAUAGUCUCGGAGGCGAGCGGUGAGGCCGUCGGCGCUAGCAAACUCGAGAAGAUCUUUCGCGUACAGCACGACCUGAUUUUUAAGAGGAACGUCACCAUCGCCGAGACUCUGACAGCAGCCUCCGGUAACGCAGUUGGCUCCGCCUUCUGGGCCCUCUUACCUUUUUCAUGGGGGAGUGUGCAUAUUAAAUCGGCCGAGGAGAUUGACCAUCCCAUAAUCGAUCCGCGCUAUUUCUUGGUCGAUUUUGACGUUGCCGUCCAAAAAGGCGUCGGGCGUAUUUCGCAGACGUUAUGGCACACCAUCCCGAUUAGCGACUUGGUGACCGGCAAUGUAGUCCCCGGGGAGGCAGAUCUGCCUCGCAACGCUACUGAUACGCAGUGGGAGGCCUUUUUCGCCAAUACCGUAGUUCCCAAUCACCACCCUAUCGGAUCAGCGUCGAUGAUGUCUCGCGAGCUUUGGGGGGUAGUCGACUCGAGGCUCAAAGUAUACGGCACAUCGAAUGUCCGUGUCGUCGAUGCCUCCGUGCUACCUAUGCAAAUUAGUGGUCAUUUGACCGCUACCCUUUACGCCGUUGCCGAGAGAGCAGCUGAAUUUAUUAAAAAUUCGUAG